UCAGCUGAUAGAUUGUGAAUUGUCAAAAAUAUCAGAAAUGUCAUAUCUUCUCACAACAAAAAUAGUUUUGCCAAAACAUCUGGAAUUUCAAUAUAUUUAUAAUAAUGAACGUUUAGCACAUAUUUUGCAAUAAUAGCCAUAAUCUAUUCAUACUGAUAUUUUAGAUACGUCGGUGUCAUGAUAAUAUCAAAAUAAAAACGUAAAGAUGCCCCAAAGCAUAUGUCGACACUCCGCCGUUAUACCAGCAGAUGCCUGUUGUUUCUGUAACUCCUCUGCCCCUGAAAAGCUGAUUGAUAUAUGCUUCAACUAUAUCGAUAAAAACCUCGAUUCGAUUUGUGAAUAUACCGGUUACUCAGGCAACUUGAAACUAAAAGAUGGUAUAUCAUUACCCGUGGAAAUUUGUGAAAGACUGUUGAAUGUGCGCUAUCAAAGUUUGUGCAUUGUAGACUCUCAUUUUAUUAAUAUUUUUAAAGAUGUUAAAAACACUAGAUUAAAAAGAGUUCGCUUGCGUAAAAGCGAUAUACAAGAUCACGAUUUAAAAGUGUUGUUAAGUCAUCAGUUAGUAGAGCUAGAGUUAGCUCACAGUAAAGAUCUUACCCAUAAUUGUCUUCGACAUAUAACAUCUUAUGGGUCAAGUUUGAUCUCAUUAAAUAUCGGAGAAGAAGUGAAAGUUUUCCCCCAAUCUGUUUUCGGCGUUUUAAGUCAAUUGAAACAAAACUACAUCUUUCUGGCUCUAAAUUUACGUAGAUUAACGUUAAGAUGUUGUCAAGGAUUAUCUCCACAGUUUUAUACCCUACUUUUAAACCCAAUAACUAAUUUGACAUACUUAGAUUUAAGUAAUUGCAGUAGUCUAGGCAGAUUUGAGUAUUCAGAACAUCUAGAAAAUUUACGCAGUCUGAUAUUGUACAAUGUGAAUGGUAUAGAUUUGAUGAUACCAUCUAUUUGUAAGCUUAAAGCGUUGACACACUUAGAUAUAUCGCAGAGCAAAGAUGAAAAUAGAAAAUUUCCUCUACCUACACUUACACUACAAACAAUAGUAACAGAGCUGUUUCAUUUAACAUCUCUGGAUAUAUCUGGAACGAAUUUGGCUGGUACAGGUAUAGCAGAAACAGUAAAGUCAAGAGGGUCGGAUAUAACAGGACUAGAGUCAAGAGUAAACAACCCUUUUCAUUUUUUGGGUUUAUAUGAAACCUCUCAUGAUGCUUGUUUAAGACAUGAUAUACCAGCUGAAUUGGUUGCAGGAAAUGCUAACGAAGAGCAAAUUUUAAUAUCUGCUCUAGCCUAUAUGGAACGAACAGAGAUGUUACAAAAAGUUUUAAAUGAACUAUUCCAUUUAUUUCGUUUUGAGACGUGCCAAUAUAUAGGACAAGCUUUAAAUGUGGUGUUGGAAUCAAUGAACAGACACCUUCAUGAAAGGCAUAUACAAAUUUCAGGAAGUGCAACACUGUUUUAUAUAGUAAAAGGAACAGACAGAGAAUUGCAUGAUGCCGUACAUGUUAAAAGAAAAAUUAUAUCAACGCUUCUUAAUGGUAUGAGUAUACAUAGGAAUGAUGAAACAAUGAUGCGUAAUGGUUGUUUGACUUUGUGUCAAUUUAAAAUACCUUUAGAUGUGCUUUUUGAAUAUGAGAGAUUGGUGGAUGUCUUACUAUAUUCGGUCCAUGGAAUGACAGCUGAAAGUUUUGUCCAGAGAAUCGGAAUAUAUCUAUUAAAUUCUUUGGCGUGUCAAGUGGAUGGAUACCAAAAAGUCAGAUUAGGCGAAUUGGGUGCUAUAAACAAAAUGAUUUCAUUGAUAUCGGAGAGAUUGGAAAGAGGUUAUUGCGAUGAUGUAUUGGAAGUGGCAUGGUCGACAAUGUGGAACGUCACGGACGAGACACCUUCAAACUGUAAAAAGUUCCUGGAGAAUAACGGAAUGCAAUAUUUCUUGUGGUGUCUAGAGAAAUUCCCAGCGAAAGAUGACCUUUUAAGGAACAUGAUGGGCUUGUUGGGCAACGUAGCGGAAGUGAAAGAACUUCGCCAUUACCUAAUGACGCCCGAUUACUUGAAAGUUUUUUCCAGUCUCUUGGAUUCCAGAUGUGAUGGCAUCGAAGUAAGCUACAAUGCAGCUGGAGUGAUAUCUCACAUAGCGUCUGAUGGUCCAGAAGUUUGGACGGUCGAUGAACCGUCACGUCAGGAAGUGCUGGAUAAAAUGGUAGAAGCCAUUGACAGAUGGGAUUUGAAUUCAGUGAGGAACAUCAAUUAUAGAUCUUUUGAACCCAUUUUGUAUCUUGUCAAGAUCUAUCACACGCCGGAAUGUCAAAGGUGGGCCGUCUGGGCUUUAGCAAAUCUUACCAAAGUUUAUCCUGAUAAAUAUUGCCACUUGGUGGAAAAAGAACAAGGUUUAGUAUUACUACAAGAACUGAUCAAACAUCCAGAACCCCCGGACGCUAUAAGGAAACUGGCCAUGAUUGUUUUGGAUAAUUGUUGGAAAUACAAGAACCACGACUGGCAACAAGAAUUAGACGGCUAACACGUGAAAUAUACAUUUAAUCCGUACUAUUUGUUUAUAUAAUAUAUUAUAACUCAAUUGAAAUAUGUUUUGCGCAACUGCUCUCUCUAAAAACACGGGCAAGCAAAAAAAAUAAAAAAUAAUUGAUUUAUGCUCAUUCUAUAAUAAUAAUCUUUAUUUUUUUUCUGAUCUAAGAUUAAUUUAAUAUAAAAAGUAACAAUCAAAAACUCACAAGAUUUCAGUAAUAACUCUUAAUAAUUUUCUUAAGAAAUAAUAAUGUUUUGAAGUCGACUUUUGGCGAUAAAUUCUUUCAUUUUUAUAUGGUUUUUGCUAUAUACAUACAUGAAUUUAUAUAAAUUGAUUAAUAUAGAGAAUUCUACGAUAUUUAUAAAAUAUAACAAAUAAGUUUUAGUAUGGACAAACCUUUUUAGUGUUGUUUCUUUUAAUGAAGAAAUAAUUGCUUUUUGUCUGAUAAAAGAAAUGUAGAAAUCGUAGUAAAUUCUUUGUGGAGUGUUAUUAUGUUUUUUUCUUGUAUAUAUUUUCUUUUCUUGGGUUAUAUUUUUGAUGUAAUUUAAAUGUUUAUUAUAUAUUUCAACUUUUUAGUUUCUGUUUAAGCAAAUUAAAGAUAUUUAUU